UUGAAAUUGGAAAUUUAAGGACCCUUAAUUGUAGCCUUUCUUCUAUGAUCAAAGUGUUAAUCGGUUAUAGGGUAAUUAUCGACAUCAUCUCAUCCAACCUGGCAUCCCCAGGCUCAUUAAAGGGCAUCUUCCUUCUAGACAAUACUAGUCACUAGGAUUCAACUUUCCUGUACUCUCGUGAUGCUCGAGGCUCGUAAGCAGGUCACCAGUUUUUACAUGAUUGCAUGUUUCUAGACUUGAUUUAGGUUUGGAUAUAGAUCUCUCAUUGUGAUGACCUCUCUGGCAACCUUGUUCCUAAGAUUGAUAGGCUUAGCUUGAUAUCUGACGCUACUCCUUAUCUUUUCAUUAAUGUAUGGCGUGUUUAAGUGGAAGAGUUAAGACUAGUGAACUAUAUCAGCACUUUGAGCUGUGCCUUAAAUUCUUAACAACACAUCGAGAUAACCUUAGAUGCAAUGAAGAAGAAGAUCCUAACUCAAAAAUUCGCAAGAUUUAAGCCAACGAAAAAGAGAGAAAUUAAAGAAAACCAGAAACUUUCAGAUGAUCAAGAACAAAAUGUGAUGUUUGCUUCCAAAGAACUCCAAGAUGGUUGCAUAUCAGAAGAAGAUCAAGAUUAUAGUCUAAUCCUUGAGGAAUUAGUUGCUUGAAAUAAUGAAUUUUAUUCCUUAUGAUUUAAGAAGGUCAAAGGCUCGUACUUCAUUCCAAAUGUGGUAGAACUCAUAAGCAGGUAUAAGAUGCUACAAAAUGAAAUUACUCCUGGGGAUGCCAAGUUGAUUAUUGAGAAUGAGAAGAACCAUGAAUGUCGAUUUAUUAAGAGCCUGUGAUGUCUUAAACAUGAAUACGCCUGUGAAUAUCCAGCCAUGAUCCUAAACUUUGUUAUAAACAUGAAAAGAUCUCUCCUCUGAUUGCUUCACUAUGCUCUGAUUUGAAUCAAUAAAUCAGCUUCGUUAUUCCAUACUGGGAUGGAUGCAGAUAAGUAUAUGAAAGUUUGACAUAAAAAUUUUACCAAGGAAUGAUCAAAGAUCCUUUUUCUCAAGACCUGAGCACCUUUCCUUAGCCUCAAUGCAAAGGACAUUCUUGACCCUGAAACUGUUAAAUGCCAGACUGAUUGGAACUUGAAUCAAUGAAUGAUAUCCAAUGACUCAGAAAUCCUUCAGAAAGGUUUGAUGAUUGCAAAUGUUUUCGAUUCUCUACUUCAAAUUAAGACUAGGUUCUACUCUGAAGAUUUUUUGCUUGUACUUUUCAGCCCAAAUUGUGAUAAAUGAGAAAUAUUCUUAUCAGACAUUGUCAAAGACACUAACUUCAAACCUCCUGAAGAAUGUGAAGACAGUUUAUACAUCCCCUUGUUUGAUGUCAUUAGAGUCUUUAUUGAAAACUGCUUUUUAAAUCCUGCAAAGGUUGAGUAUUUCGAGAGAGAACUACUCAAGGGCAUGCAAUUGCAGGUCGAGUACUUGAAGCAAAAAUUAGCAGAUGAAAUCAAGCCCAAGAUUAUUAGGAAGAAAAAAUAAAAUUGAUGUUAAUGACCUAUAUGAUAAAUUCCAUACUAAAUUUCAAGUAAAUUUAGAAAUACUAACUUGCUACAAUUGGAAGAUUUAUGAAGAAGAAGUAGCUCAGUUGUUCUCUGAAAUAGAAGCUGCCAUUGAUAACUUGAGCCACCUUUAUAGAAAGGAUCAGGACAAAGGAGUUAAGAAGGAAAAACCCAAAAGAAAUCAUAGAUUUUAUGAGAAGUAACCAUUAUUAGCUAGAAGAACCAAAUGCUUGUUUGGGUAAGAUAGAUUCAAUUAAUUACAUAUAUA